CGGAAGUGGUACCUUGGAACAAGAUGGCUUCUCGUUGUAACUGUUGUUGUCAUUUUUGCUGAUUUAAGAGAUUUAAAUGUGUGUGGGCUCCAACAGUUCUGAUCCAUCAGAGACUCUGUGUGUCUGAAUGGACUUUGUGCUCUUCAGCUUUUAUUCUGAAGGUCUGACCUCUGACUCAUCUCCCGGUAGCCUACAAAGCUACUGAAGUUAGCUUAGCAUGCUAGCUGGUUAGCAACACAGCUGCUAGUCAGAGUGACCGUUUGAUGGAGAGCAAACUGUGUUUCUGACGGAGUCUGAUGGAGAGCAAGUUUCUGUCAUUGUGGUAAAAUGUGUAAAGUCCAGAUGCUGAGAGCGUUGGUGAAGCAGCGACUAACUGCGGCUGCUGAAGAGAUAUGUGGGCUGUUUGAAAGAACGAUAGCAGAGUACGAGGAGGAACUCUCUCGAUCAAAAGAGGAGAACGAGCGACAACAGAAACUACUGGACGCUGUUUUACACCCUCAGCUUCAGUUACACAGAGCAGACGUCCAGCAGCUGUUGGUGGUUAAAGAAGAGGUUCCCCCUGAGCAGCAUGAGUGGAGCUCCAGUCUGGACCAAGAGGACCCAGAGCCCCCACACAUUAAAGAGGAACAGAAGGAACACUGGAUCAGUCAGGAGGAACUCUGGACCAGUCAGGAGGAACUCUGGACCAGUCAGGAGGAACUCUGGACCAGUCAGGAGGGAGAGCAGCUUCAAGGGCUGGAGGAGGCUGAUAUCACCAAUUUCCCAUUCACUCCUGUCCCUGUGAAGAGUGAAGAUGAUGAAGAGAAACCUCAGUCCUCACAACUUUAUCAAACACAAACUGAACAGAUGGAAACAAAAGCUGAUGGAGAGGAUUGUGGAGGACCAAAACCAGCCAGAAACUCAGAUCCAGAUAGACAUCCAGCCCGUGUCAGUGAUUCAAAAUGUAGUGAUAGUGAAAAAAAAUUUAGCUGCUCUGAGUGUGGGAAAAGAUUUGGCUAUAAGACAAAUCUUAAUAUACACUUGAGAUUUCAUAAAGGCGAGAAACCUUUCAGCUGCUCAAUUUGUACGAAAGCUUUUACACAGCGUGGAGAUUUACAGAAACACAUGAGAAUCCACCUAGGAGAGAAACCAUACAGCUGCUCAGUUUGUAAUAAAUCUUUUACAGAGAGUGGAAAUCUACAGCAACACAAGAGAACCCACACAGGAGAGAAAAGAUUCAGCUGCUCAUUUUGUAAGAAACCUUUUACACAUAGUAGAAGUUUACAGAAACACAUAAGAGUCCACACAGGAGAGAAACUUUUCAGCUGCUCAGUUUGUAAGAAAGAUUUUACAGAGAACGGAAGUUUAAAGAAACACAUGAGAAUCCACACAGGAGAGAAACCUUUCAGCUGCUCAGUUUGUAAGAAACAUUUUUCAGAGAAUGGAAGUUUAAAGAAACACUUAAGAAUCCACACAGGAGAGAAACCUUUCAGGUGCUCAGUUUGUGAUAGAGCUUUUAGAGCAAGUGGACAUGUAAAGAUGCACAUGAGAACCCACACAGGAAGGAAACCUUUCAGCUGCUAAGUGUGCAGUAAAACUUUAAUUGAAAGUGGAAAACUGAGACACAUGGCUUUCCCUUAGGGCUGACCCGAUUUCUUCAAAGCUUCGACCAUUGCCAUGGUAGUCAAUCUCCAAAUCAGUAUUUGAAUGCUUCAUUUUUUUUAAUAUAAGUAUAUUAUAAUAAAGUAUGAAUCCAAAAAUUGCCCAUGAAAUACAUUAUUAAUUAUUAAUAUUCAACAUGAAUUAUAAUUAGUUAUAGACGGAUAUCAUUGUUUGUUGCAUGUAGAGGAGCGGCAGCGGGACUGAAACGUGGGAGACCGACAGACAGAAGAACAUGUCGAAGCUUCGAAUACCUUUAAAUAUUAUUCACCGAAACUUUGAAGCGUAAAAAAAUGGUAUUUUGGACAGCCCUACCACACAGAGGUGAAACAAUGCAGUUACAGUGUUUGUAACAGAAGAUUUGCCUGGUGUCAUCAAGUCAAAAGACAUAAUAUGUUGAUGACCAGUCCUCACAGCUUCAUCAAACUCAAACUGAGGAGAACAGAGAGGCAGUCUCCAGCCAGCAGCUCAACUGAACAGAUGGAAACAGAAGCUGAUGGAGAGGACUGUGGAGGACCAGAACCAGCCAGGAACUCUGAUCCAAAUAGACAUUUACAACUUGAUACUGUUGACAAGACUGGAGACUCUUCUGAACUUGAGACUUAUGACAGUGAUGAUUGGAAGGAGACCAGAGAACCUUUAAACUCUCUGAAAAAGUCCCUGUAAGUGAUAUGAAAUGUAAUACCUGCUCUGAGUGUGGUAAAACAUUUUGCUCUAAGUCAAGUCUGAAUGUGCAAAAGAAAACUCACUCAGGAGAGAAACCAUUCAGUUGCUGAGUUUUCAGUAAAAAAUUUUUACAAAAGGGACAAUUAUUUAGUCACAUGACAAUUCACACAGGACUGAAGUUGUAUAGCUGUCCAGUUUGUAGACAAUGUUUUAGGUUUAAAACAUAUUAGCUGCAGCCAACAGUAGAUUCUCUGCAUCACCAACAGAUUGCACUGCUGGAAUUUUAAUUGACCAAUUUGUUGCUGCAUUAAAAAGGUUUACACCUGAAUUAUAAUUCCUGUUAAUUUGAAGAUUUUUUUACCAAGCGGUUGGUUUAUAUUUUUAUAAUAAAGAACAAUUCAUUAAAAUGUGUAUCUGUGUAUUUAUUCGUUAGAUUUUGUUUUCCAAAGUUAGGAGAGCGAUGUUUAAGUCAAGUCUGAUGUUUCCUUAAAAUGUUGAUUGGUUCAAUUACUCAUUUAGAAAAAAAAAGAUCUAUAAAAAAUGUUAUAAGAAUAUUGAUUGUAAAAGACUGUUUAUUUAGAACCUGUUUAUUUUAUAUGGAAAAUACAUCAUUCACAAAUGGUCUAAAAAGAACCACAAAUAUUCAUUGUUUUGUGUUGUUAAUUGAUUUACAAGAAUAAAUAUAUACAUACAUUUGCAUAAAGCAGCAUAUUUGUCCACUCCCAUGUUGAUAAGAGUAUUAAAUACUUGACAA